CCCCCCCCUCCCCCUCCACCAUCCACCAUAUCCAUCUGCUCAUCCACUCACCAACCUGCCCACAUACGUGCCAUCGACUCUCAAUACCUACAUAUCUCCAUGCGUAUCUCGAGAUAUCUAACCUGCCUCCCUGCUCCCAUACCUCACUCCCUCGUAUAUCGACCCUCGGGAGGCAUUGCGAGUAUUGCCUAGGAUCCCUUCCUGCUGCUUGACCGGUCUCGUUUCCUUCGCUCUCCUCGCCAUCCUCCUCAGACCGAGUACCUGACCUCUUCCGCCUAUAUAUCUCCUUUCGCCCUUUUCUUUUCUUUUCUCCUUUUUGCUUUCUUUCUCUCUCCUCCUUUCUCUCUCCUCUCCUUUCUUUUUCUAAAAAAAGAAAAGAACAUCCUCGGCUUCUCUUUAUGAAAGGGACAAGCCUCGCAACUAGAUCCGGCUCAAUGUGAUGUGAUUUACUAAGUAACUGGAUGCCUGAGUGAUUGAUUGAUCUAAUCUGUCCGCCCGUUUGUUCGCCCUCUCAUUCGUUGCUCGAGUGACCCGAUGCUCUCGCUGCACAGAUCUGAGCGCUUCGGGUUCUCCUGCAAGAAUCACCUCUCCAUUGCCUCGCAUUCGACAACGGAUCAGGUCCAGCUUGCCGCCGCCACGACCCACUCGCGCCAUCAUGGACCACGGGCCGCCGCCGCCGCCAAACCCCAACAGCAUGUUCGACUUCUCUGCGCCGGCUUCGAUGAACCCGAUGACCAACAGCGGCCAGAACGACCUGAUGUCGCUUUAUGAUAGCUCCCUAUUCGCAAACUUCGAGGGCCUGCCGAUGAGCAUCGACGGCCUCGGCGACGUCGGAGCGGUCCCGCCGCCGCAUUUCCCACCACCGUCGGCCGCAGGAGUGAACCCGCAAGCGGCGCUGGUGCCAAACGGUGCUGCACCAUUUGCGUCCGCUGCCGAUGCCAGUUCCGGGCCCCCGCCGUCCACAGGUAUAAUAACUCCGAGCUUCGUCGCCCCGCCUCAACCCAGCGCACAAGGAGGGAGCACUCUGACCGAGUUCACCAAGAGGAGGAAUUGGCCCGCCAAAGUCAUCGAGGAGUUGAAGGACUUGCUUCAACUUCUGGACGCCCACGGGAGAAUUAAAUACGUAUCGCCAAGCGUUUUACCCCUGACUGGCUAUAGGUCGGAGGAGCUCGUCGACCGAUUUGUCAAAGAUUUGAUCCAUUCAGACGACGUCGGCACCUUCACCACCGAGAUGAACGAAUCUAUAGCUACGGGCAACCCUUUGCGCAUGUUUUACCGCCUCAAAAAGAAGGAUGGCGAUUACGCCAUCUUCGAGUCCGUCGGGCAUGCCCACAUCGCCGCGGCGAGAUUCGCGCCGAAUCCGGAGAACCAAUCCCCGUUCUGCCAGGCCGUAUUCAUGAUGUCGCGUCCCUAUCCGACCAGGAAUGCGUCGUUGCUGGACUCCUUCCUAGAACACAAGAUUGAGAACGAGAGGCUGCGGCGAAGAAUCGCGGAGCUGAGGAGGGAGGAGGAGGAGGAGGAAGCGUCUCAGCAGAGCUGGUUAACCAGUCAAGAGGGCCGAUCCGACAUUACUCCGUCCGACGACACCAUAAUUACCUCUUCGCAGAGCCCUGCCGUGUUUACCCAACCAGCGGUGGUGGACUCGCAGGCGAUGCCGCCGCCGGAACGACCGACGCCGCUCAACAUAGCUUUGACGAGAGAAAAUCUCGAAGGUGUCACGGCAGGGAACCGGCCGGAUUCGAUCAGAGAUAAGAUGGCGAGAUACGAGGGUGCAUCGCAUACUGAGACUAUCGAGAUGCUGACCGGCCUGAGAUACGUGGAAGGGGAGCGGAGUCGCGGUAUCACCACGGGCAAUUCUAGCCCGACUCUGAUCAAGGGCGAUGUGGGUAUCGCAAUCCCGAUAGACAGAGACCCCAGAACGGGCGAGAAGAAAAAGAAGAUCAAAAUCGCCGAAGAAUACGUCUGCACCGAUUGUGGGACGCUUGACUCUCCCGAGUGGAGGAAGGGCCCCAGCGGGCCCAAGACGCUCUGCAACGCGUGCGGCCUUCGGUGGGCGAAGAAGGAAAAGAAGAGAAAUGCCGGCGGCGGCGGCGGCAAUGCCGGCCCUGGACCGCCAGUGCCCAUGGCCGAGCCGUGAGCUUCUUAGGUAAUACGGUAUGAGCUGACCUUUCUAGCUGGAUAUUAUCGUCCUCAGACGUUAUCGGUAUAUAUUAGAUCUCGAGGCCUGCGGCGUAUGGGGAAUCAUUGUGGGGAAAACGACGUGCUUAGUUUGUUUGGGACCUUUUGGCAGAUUCUGCUCGGGACACGGUGGGCAAGACAAGGCAAGGCAAGGCAAGGCAAGGC